CAUUUCAAAACUGGAGCUUUCUCUCCUCAAAAUGGCGUCGUUUUUACUCCGUCGCGCUUCCUGUAGCGCCACCAGGAUCCUGUCGUCCGCACUCUCUCUGCCAACCGCCACCGUAAUCCCCAAAUCGAACCCUAGCCCUAAUUUUAUCUAUCACCACUAUGUACUUCACCAUUUCGCUCAGUUUUCCCGCCAAAAUAAAAUUCCUAGCCCUUAUUUAACCUUCAUCAAGGAAAUCUCCACUAUUCCAAGCACAAAAGAAGAGAAAGAACAGAAGCGAAACAAUGGAGAGUUGCCAAAAAGAGGAGAGAAGUCUUGGAUUGAUGUCUAUUUGCCUAGACAAGUCAGGCCUUAUGCACAUUUAGCUAGGCUUGAUAAGCCCAUUGGGACCUGGCUUCUUGCUUGGCCUUGUAUGUGGUCAAUCUCAUUGGCAGCAGAACCUGGAAGUGUACCUAACUUUAAGAUGAUGGCGUUAUUUGGUUGUGGGGCUUUGCUUUUAAGAGGAGCUGGGUGUACUAUAAAUGAUUUGCUAGAUAGAGAUAUUGAUACGAAGGUCGAAAGGACAAAGCUAAGGCCAGUUGCCAGUGGUCUUUUGACGCCAUUUCGAGGGCUUUGUUUUCUUGGUUUUCAAUUGUUUUUGGGUCUUGGGAUUCUUCUUCAACUGAAUAAUUAUAGCCGUAUUUUGGGAGGUUCAUCCUUGUUGCUAGUCUUCUCAUAUCCCCUUAUGAAGAGAUUUACAUUUUGGCCUCAAGCAUAUCUUGGUUUAACAUUCAAUUGGGGAGCUUUACUGGGUUGGUCUGCAGUUAAGGGGAGUCUGGAUCCAGCUAUUGUGGUACCACUAUAUGCUAGUGGAGUAUUGUGGACCCUGGUGUAUGAUACAGUAUAUGCUCAUCAGGAUAAGGAAGAUGAUCUUAAAGUGGGUGUUAAAUCAACGGCCUUGAGAUUUGGGGAUUCAACAAAGGAGUGGAUCACUGGGUUUGGAACUGCAUGCAUUAGUAGUCUUGCCCUCUGUGGAUUCAAUGCGGAUAUUGGGUGGUCAUUUUAUGCAUUUCUGGCAGCUGCUUCGGGUCAAUUAGCUUGGCAAAUAUGGACGGUUGACCUAUCAUGCCGGGCUGAUUGCAAUAGAAAAUUUGUGUCAAACAAAUGGUUUGGUGCCAUUGUUUUUAGUGGCAUUUUAUUUGGUAGACUUUGGUCAUAGAGAUAUUGUCACUUUUCAGUAAAGCUGACAACAUAAUGUGGUUCUGAAUUUGACCCUCUUAGGGUGUUCUUGCUUGACAUCAUCUUGAUGACAAGGCAAACGCAUAAAAGAUAUGUCUUUUGUGGCUGCUUGCAGGUUUAUUAGUUUCCUCCACAAUGUUUUGAAUCUUGAUGCUUAUACCAUCUCACGCUGAUGAACUGCAGGACAGCUUUUGUUGCUGACAUCUAGGAACUGAGCAAUAUGGCAGCGCUAGAAGUCAGAGGGGUGGGUUUAGAUCCAUUUUGUUCAUUUGGUUUAUAAAAACCAUUAGGUAGGCAUUAAUGAGACAAAUACAUACAGCAUUCUCUUUGGCCAGAAAUGUUGUAACAUCUCAACUUAUUUUUGUUCGAAUAUGUUGAUAUUGAAGAGAAAAGCGUUAAGAGUUAUUAUUAUGCAUUGGGCUUCUGGUUCAGUCUUUUCCAACAUGAUACUAUCUCAUAUUUUUCCCAAGAAAAGAGUUUUCUUGUUCUCGAUUCUGCUUUUUUUGCUUCUAAACUAGGACAAGCUGACUUUUGUUGAUCGCAAAUGUGAUUCAAGGUUGAAGACUAAAUGCAAUUAAUGAGUCGUCAUUUAUUAUCAAGCAUCAAAUAUGGUUGCUUGAAAAGCAUUUAUCUGAUUGCUAGUAGUUGGCUUUGUUGUCGGCACUGCCUCUGGAGAAGUCUCUGACAUCAAAUUUCUACAACCUUGUUCAUAGAUUAUAACUCAAGCAAAUCUUCAUGUAAUCUCAUGGAAAUAGACAGGUACUUGUAUACUUGUUACCCUCUCACUUGGUCAAUAUUGUCGGAGCAUCAUGCUACUGAAGACACUGGCAAAGAUUACAAAGGAACUUUGGAACGAGUUGUAGAUAGCUGAAGAUGGACAUGCGCUUUAGCCUCAACAACAUGUAUUAUUGAAUGUUCGAUGAGGCAAAUUUUCAUUUUGAAACUUUUCAGUA